GGAGCGCUUCUGUGGCGAUCCCCCGAGGAGGGUUAUGUGGAGAGCUGCUAUUGUUGUGCGUUGACUCAAGCGCUUGGGGUACAGUUUUGCUGGCAGCGAAGUCUGAAGGAUGUUUACACAGUCAAAGUGGCAAUUUCAGUUUAUUGGAAGGCAGAACGUUUAUCUGAAGACCUUUGGGGUUGUGGUUGCUCAUCCUGGCGCUUACGAAUCACCUACAGAUUUCGCUGCUUUCAAUGUGUUUGUGUGGAGCUGAGGUGUUGCGGCAAACCUUAACGUCUCCAGCUGAAGAACCUGAGGGUUUAAAUGGAAGGCAAAGUGUCUAUAUGAACCUAGAGAAAGUCUCAGCGCAGGUAAUGGAAGAGUACCCAGGUCCUUGAUGACGAGUGCUGCACCCUCUGAUCUGCAGCGUGGACGUCGGAUCUGACUCUGGAUUUGCAGCAGGGUUUUCCUGCACAGCGGACCCACUCCGUCUCUCCUCACUGUCUGUGUGCGUCCUUAACUCCCUCUCCUUGAUAUUCUCACAGCUGCCAGCUGCCUCAUCCGAAUGUGUGCCACACCAGUUUGCCACUGGAGGGAUGAGAGAAAUCCACCCGUGAAAGGAACUGGGAAAAGGUGAUCGUUUCUCUGUAGGGAGCAAAAUGUUAUUUGCAUGGAUUGUACCUGCCGUAAUUUGUUUGUUGAUGUACUUCACAGCAGAAGCAUGCAGUAAAGGAAAUGUGACUGCUAGCAAACUUCCCCAUGGUGUUGCAGAAAUAUGCGAGAAAGGAAACAUGACUGCUAACACUGCUUCUCAUGUCCAGCCUGGAACCAACAUUACACUCUCGUGCCACCUAAAACAACUGAAAUACAAUGAGCAGUGCAAGACAGCUCUUUUCUUUAAUGGUUCUGAACUAAUUAGCAAUUAUGGCACUUCAGUAAGCAACACAUUUACAGUCAAUACGUAUGGCAAACACAUGUUUACUUGCAAAAUAGAUUGUGAAUACAAGAAAAAACUCAUUUGUGGAAUUGAUAUAGAGUCUGGAAAUCCUCCAGAUCCGCCAAGAAAUGUGUCAUGUAUCCAGCAUGGGACAGAUGGCAACCUCACCUGCACCUGGGAUAAAGGAAGGCUUACACACAUGAACACUACAUAUGCAAUACAGCUAUCAGAUGGGACUGAUACCUUAUGUUUUUCAGAAGAAAGCCUGAGUAAUAAGUUUGGCUUGCUAGUUCUGAGCACGAAGUUGAAUUUUGAAUCUACUUACAGACUUGUGGUUGUCGCCUCCAACAAAUUAGGAAGUGCUUUUUCACAGCCACUUAAAUUCAUGCUAAUAGACAUAGUGAAACCACAUCCUCCAAACUUUUUAGUGGAAUUUGAAAAUUCUGCAACAAACUGUACAUUUUUUUGGCACAAUGAAGUACAAGUGCAACACUGUAGAGUAAGAUACCGCCCGCUUAGCAGUGACACCUGGAACACGGUUGAAAGUUUAAAUAGCAAAAAAUGCAGUCUUCAUGGUCUGGAGCCUCAUACAGAUUACGAAUUUCAAGCCAGCUGUAAAAUUCAUCCUGAGAGAGGACUGUGGAGCAACUGGAGUGCAUUCCAAACCCAAACUCCAGAAGCAGUGCCUACUGGGCUCUUAGAUGUCUGGUACAAAAAGCAAGAUAUAGACUCUCAACUGCAGAACAUUUCUCUUUUCUGGAAGGCUUUGCAGAAGUCAGAGGCAAGAGGAAAAAUCCUGCAUUACACAGUGACCUUUGAAGCACUAAGCCAUGGGGAGCCCAGAGCGAUAGAAACAAAUGUUACCACUCAAACCAGUUACACCAGAGUCACUCCAAAGAUGGACUACAAGAUAACAGUCACUGCUGAGAACUCGAGGGGAAGCUCACCUCCUGCAUCCAUCCUGACUAACCUGGGCAUCCAAGAUUUACCCUCUCCUUGGAACGUCUCUGCUAUAGCGAUAGGAAAUAACAGCAUCUUGGUCAGCUGGAAACCUCCCCUUAAAUCUGCUGUGUCCAUCAGUGGGUACAUUGUGGAAUGGAUAGACACCCAUAGGAAGAGCAGCCUGGAGCCCCAUCCGAGCUGGAUAAAACUUGUCGCAUCCAACCUGUCUCUAGUGAUACCAGAGCACAUAGAAGAUAACGUGUGCUAUCACAUUAGCGUAUUUGCACUUUAUCAGGACAGAGCUGGAGAAGUGAAAUCAGUGAGGGGAUACUCAAGAGAAAAAGCACCAUCAACUGGGCCACAAGUGUAUACAAAGCCACAGACAAACGGCAUCUUGGUUUCGUGGGAAGAAAUCCCUUCCCACCAGCAAAUGGGCUGCAUCACAGAGUACAAAAUAUACCUGCAAAAAAAGGACAGUGAUGUAGAUCCUGCUGUCUAUGCCAUUUGUAGCGCUACUUCCCAACACUCACUUUACAUCACAGACCUGCAGCGUGGUGUGUACUACGUCCUGUGGAUGACAGCAUUGACGGCUGCUGGAGAAAGCCCCAGGGGAAACAGUGAGCUGGUUUGCUUGGAAAGUGCUGUGGACUGGAUUAUUGUGCUUACCUGCAGCUUCUUCAUACUCUCAGCCUGUAUUUGCUCCCUGCAUCCUGCAAGAAAACUAUUACACUUGUUCUUUUCUGCCACUGUACCUCAGUGGCACAGCAAAGCCAUUCCAGAUCCAGCUAAUGCUACAUGGGCUAAGAAUGACAAGUCUACGAAGGGUGAGCUGAGUGCACUUUCCAGUCUGUUCUUGCACAACAUGAGCAGUUUUGAAGAGCCUGAAACAAUAGAAGUGGAGGAAAGCUUCCUAAAGACAGACUGCCAGGUGUUCCGGGACAAGCUCAUCUUCAGCAGCAUCAACAGCAGCGGAAAUCAUGACUGGCAGCUGGAAAGCAGCUCUGAGAAACAGGAGUCAGAGUACAGGCCUCUACCCAGCACAACGGACGGAGACAGUUACGAGCAUCAGCUUCCUGACCUGUACAAGAAGAUAGCGCUGGAAGUGACAGAGCAAACGCAAACCUUUUCUGAGUACAUUGCUAAUCCAGUUAGCGACAGAGCUCCAGCUUACCUGCCCUCAGCCAUCUCAGCGCCUGUCACAGACGCUACUGAAGAAGACCCUGAACUUGAGUGCAAUCCGGUCUCUGUCUUCCCAACAACUUUUUUGACACCGGUGUUUUCCUACGGAGGGAAACUUAAUUUGGAUACAGUGAGAUUGAACUAGCUCUUUCACAAGGUAGGCUGUCAGGGUGGUGCAGCAGCCUGGCCUGAAUGUUUGCACUUUAGCCAAGUGCUGCAAUAUGUGUUUCAUUGCAGCUAGGACAGCGACUUGCACGUCACACCUUCAGGUAAUACAGCCCAGCUCACAAACCUUUCCAGCAUUCUAAGUCAUGCCUUACUUUACAGUGCGGCAGCUCUUCACCCACAGAGCACGCUUAGGUAGAAUUAAAGACAAAAAUCCAGAUUGCUGGGGCUCAGUCAUCAGGCUCCUUGAGAUUAAGUGCUCAGGUUGCCUGCAGAGAGCCAGAGCUGCCUCGGGUCCCUACCCUGCUGCCUGAACACAGUCUGGCUUGAACUACACCAGACAAGCUAAAAAUCAUUCAAAACAACGCUUGCCCAGGAACAGCAAGGACAUACUUCAGUAAGGUCAGACCUCAGCAGCUGACCAGAUCACGGUUGCACUCUGUGCACCAGCUGCACACAGCAGGACAGAAAUGCAACAGUGAGGAUCUGCAAAACACACGCUAACCUCGCACGCCUAACAGACAGUAUUCCUCACUGCAGCCUGAAUACAGGUGCUCCUUUCAUCCCCAACGACACUGGUGCUACAGCCCCAUGUGGGCACUGGAGGAUCUGUAACUUGAUGGAGCUCUUCAGCCCCGCUGCAAAACCAAUCAGAGCAAGCCCACCUUCAGGGCUUAGCACAGAAGAAAUCCUCGCCAGAAAUAAAGCAACAGGCAGCGCGCGUACACAGCAAGUCAGAUGGCCUAGUGAGAAUUUUAAUGAUUUAUUGAAGUAUUCUAAUUACAGGCUUAAAGUACGUGUUACACAUUUAAUGACUUUGUUUACUAUGUGCGUAUAUUAUUUAUAAAUAGAACGUUGGAAACCUGAAAUUUGUUCGUUGUUGUUUUCUCUGGUCAAGCUCAAGUGCUAGGCUGCAGCCAGCCGCAGAAUGAAGCACCUUUAAUGACAAAGCUCAAGGGAGAGGACGUGGGCCAGAUUCGAGCUCAUCUGGAGCACGAGUGCUUUGCCUCCUUCCGUGAGGAUUCAGGUGGCAGUUCCCACCCACAGCUGGCUGGUUGAACAAGCUGUUGAGCAGUGGCAUAAACUCACGACAAAGACCUUGCAUGACACUCAGUGCACCUCAACUAAAAGAGCCGUGAGGAAAUGACCCCUAGCAGCCCUGCAACCAUCCCCUUUUCAAGCAGCAACGCAAACAUACCUGCAUCAUGAGACUGCUGCUUCAAGACCACAUCUUCUCCCACUGCGUUUCACUUAAAACAAAAACGUAAACCAAGGUGCUGCAUCAGGGAGACCUCUACUUGCUGUUUUCUUCUACAGGAGGUCCACAAACUCUUGUGAACCCAAGUCCAAAGAUUCUGCGUGAUGCGGCCAGGACUUUUAAUAACUGAACA